GGACAUUUGACAGACCAAGUACUUGAGAAGAGAAGAGAAGAGAAGAGAAGAGAAGAGCAGAGAAGAAGAAGUCUCCAUCCAGGACAGAGCAUGAGAGAAUUCAUGGGCUGGUUUGGCCUUAUCAACAGAGAGAUGUGUGCUUACGUGAUUGGGAGAGGGCUGGUGACGUGAUGGCAGAUCUGCUUUAUAGCCCUGGUACACUGCUGUGCACCUGUUCCUGCCCUGAAAGCCCCAGACGGAUUCUUUGGCUGCCCUACGACCAGAUGGCGAGCGCCCUGCUCCUGCUGCUGCUGCUCUCCCUUGCCUCAGCCUUGUCGUUUUCUCACCAGCGAGGCCUCAUCUUCAAUUUGGACAAUGGGGAGCUGUGUCUGCAAAGUGCUCAGUGCAAGAGCAGCUGUUGCCACAAGACUGGCGUGUUAAGCCUGGCUCGUUGUGCGAACCGAGCAGCCGAGAAUCAGGAGUGUUCCCCCAAGAGCAUCUAUGGGGUUUACUACAAGUGUCCCUGUGAGAAUGGCUUAACCUGUGAGGCCGAUAAGAGCAUCGUGGGAUCCAUCACCAACACCAACUACGGCAUCUGCCAGGAUCCUGGGAGCUCGUCCAAGUAAAAUGGAGUAACAGCAUAGGAAAUGCUCCCAUCCACGUGUCCCACAGCCGCCCCCCCUUCCCACGCACGUGCCCCACAGCUGUUCCCCCUUCCCACGCAUGUGCCGCACAGCCGUGCCCCUUCCCACGCAUGUGCCGCACAGCCGUGCCCCUUCCCAUGCACAUGCCCCACAGCCGUCACUGGUUCCCACUCAUGCGCCCCUCCUCUCCACCAUAUCUACUGUAUACACCAGGCACCUCUUCCUAUGCUCCUUUCCCCACACCUCUCACUCCACCACAUACAGAUGCCUGCCUCGUUACGUACUUAUCCCCAUACCCGCUUCCACCCAACCCACACACUGAUCCCUUCUGCUGUCACCAACACCUGCACCCAUCCCUCCACACCGACCCACACCACACGCACACACACCUACACUUAGUUCUGCUGGAGUAACGCACAGGGAUCCUGAAUGACAUUUGAUUAUCGGGUGUCCCUCUGUGCUAGUUCUAACAAUUCAGAACACCCUUCCCGUGUCUCUGGGUGAAACAAGAACGCAUCAGUUCAAUACCCUCCAAGAGCCAUUAUUGUCUCUCCCCCACCCCCCAAAAAUAACUACCUGCCUCUAUCACAUGCUGUAUCUUCAGCUGACACUUUGCAAAAGGGGCUGCAGUCCCCUUCCUGGUGCCCUCUCCUGAAUCCCAUUCUUCAUAAGCCGUGCCGUCCUCACCCAGCCUUGGCCCUGACUUCCCACUGAUUACAUCAUUGUCUCUCUUUCUGCAAUAACUGACUGGCUUCUCCAUGGUGCUGCAGCAAUUCUUGUGCCCAUCCAUGUCACCCUAACUGCAUCCAGCUGGGGAUGGGGGGGCGGGGAGAGGAAGGAGUUCUUGUUGGACUUUCCAGUGAAACUUUUCUUCUCCUGGGGUAAGAUGAGAUCAGGCAUUGUUCCCCACCUCCUCUAGUUAAUGCAGAGGUAGCAAGGCCAGGACCUGUUCCAGUGACCAAGAUACAGGGAGCAAGGGGUCUGUAGCAGGUGGGAAGGGAGAGGCUGGGUGGGAGGUAGGGUAGAUGGGACUUCAGACCAACUCAAAGAAGGCUCAUGCCUUGGGCAGAACAAGGUUGGAGAGGAUUUCCUCUCUCUGGGUGAAAUCCACCCCUGCGCAUUGGGUAUUUCAGGUGGUACAAAAGCCCCGGUCCAGGGUGAAUUUAUCUCCUAGACUGAUGCUUGCUCAGUAUUAGCGCUGGGCAUAUAACUGCGAUCAGUACUGUAGCUGGUUAACUCAGCCAGUCAUUCUCCCUGUGGACUACGCAGGGCAGAGUGCAAUUUCCUCAGAUUGAGGAAAUCAUUCAAAUCACUGAAAUCAUUCAACUAGCAGCUUUCUUUGUUCUCCAGCCAGACCUCAUCUCCCAGGAUGCAUCGUGGCCACGCGACUCCCACAAUGCACUGCCUCUCCUCCCCCUGAGAGGAGAUCAUGGUGCAUUGUGGAAGACUGAGUCCAGUCAGGGAGCCUGGUCUACAGAGGUGAAUGGGAGCAUGAGGCACCCAAACUACAAUUCCCAUGAGGCACCGCAGCAGCCUUUCAGAAUUGAACCAUUUUGGUUUUCAGCCAAAAUACUUCAGACUUUGAUUUUUAUUUCUCACCAAAAGUUAAAUUUUUCAGCAGGGAAAACCCCCAUUUUCUGACCAGCUCUAUUCACACUACCUCCUACAUGGUGUUACCAGAGAGCUCUAUGUAUGUGUAUAUAAUCUGUAAUUAUGUGUAAAUAGUUAACAGAUAAGGUGCCAAUAGCGGGCAGAGUUCCUCGGUUUUGUCCACCCCCAGGCUGCCAGUUACAGCCCUGCAUGUGACCAUUUUUGCCCUUCCUUGACAUUGGCCAGCUGGGUCCAUGCCUAGUAACCGGGACAGAGGGGUGCAGCCCUGGCCCUCCGUGUACUUGAAAGAGGAGCGAAUUCUGCAGGAGACCCUCCACCCCUCAGGCCUCUUCCUUUGGCAGGGAAUAGGAGAAGGGGUCCAUGAGGCAGCUGGGCCCCAGGCCAAUUAGAGCUUUGCUGGUGGGGCCUACCACCUUGCAUUUGCCACAAGAGCUGUGGGGCAGGCAGCAUGGCAUGUGGGCAUAACAGCCUCUCCCCAGUCUGCUUUGCUCAGCAUUCGCCCCAUACUAAGCCCUGGCUGUGACUCCGCUUUGAGCCCAAGUCCCGCUUCCAUCCAUGCUAGGGUUACCAUAUUUCAGCAAGCAAAAAAGAGCACGGGAGGAGCCCCGCCCUA